GCUUCACCAACAUCUCUCUGUUCUGUCUGCUUUGGUCGGAGAACUGUUAUCACCAUGGUCGGAAUCCUUCUAGGCUUGCCUGGUCAAUGGGCAGAAGACGAAUUCGAAUCUUCUGAUCAUUACACAACUAAAAUCGGUGGUUUUCCGGAUUGGCCUCCAAUACAAGAUAAUGUAAUAAAACCAGAGCUACUCAAUUGUUGUUCUUGUGGAAGUAAUCUCUCCCUUGUAGCUCAAGUUUACGCCCCAAUCUCAACUCAAAAAGAGCGUACUCUCUAUAUCUUUGGUUGCUUGAUUCCUAAAUGUGAAGCUUCUGAACAAAGCUGGAGAGCUUUAAGUGUUCAGAAAGCUAUACCAAUUGAAAAAACGGAUCUUCCUAUUGCCUCACCUAAGGAUACACCUAAAGCUCAUUGGUUAGAUGAUGAUGGUGAUGAUGAUGAUGAAGAAGAUUUUGAUUUUGAGAGUUUAGCUAAAGCUAUUGCGGAAGCUGCUACUACUGUUGCUUCAAACUCUAAGAAACCAAAGAGUAAACCAAGUGGUAAUGCUACUAGCUCAGGGACUAAAGCAAAGCCUUCUUCUCCUUUUAAAGUUGAGACUGGUGCGGUGCUUCCCUGCUUCUACAUUUAUACAAAGGAGGAGAAAGUGGCAAAAGAUGUUGAAAGUGUUUCCAUGAGUUAUUCGUCUUUGUGCAUUAAGGAUAAAGAAACUAGUAAGAGCGGUGAGAGUGAAGGUGAAGAAGUUUGGGAGGAUGAGAAGUAUGAAUAUGACAAAGCACUGAAUGCUGAUAGGACUUAUCUUAAGUUUCAAAAACGGCUAGAUGCAAACUCUGAGCAAUGUUUUAGGUAUUCAUAUGGAGGUAAACCAUUACUGGCCAGGGAAGACCUGAAGUGUCCUGAUAAGUGCAGGGGUUGUGAUUCUCCGAUGAUCUUUGAGAUGCAACUCAUGUCUCCUUUGAUAUAUUUUCUGCAUGAAGCUGUUGUUGAUGAAGGGAUGAAGCAGUCAUUGGAUAGUUGGGAUUGGAUGACGCUUAUUGUCUACACUUGUUCCAAGAGCUGUGCAAUGGCGGUGAAUGGUGAAUGGGUUGUUGCUGAGGAGUGUAUAGCAGUACAGUAUGAGAAGCCGAUGAAUCUUGAUCAUGCUAGCUUCUUCAGAUGA